GGACUACUUUGGAAGGCGGAUGGACACGUUAGUUUUGGUGGGCGGGGCCUGUGUGCCCAGACACUGUAUAAAUACGGGAGGGUGUGCGUCACUUGGCAGAUUCCAGGUUUAUCGCCGCUGGAUACAUUUUACAGACGCAUCGCUCAGGGCCGCAGACGUCAACAUGCAGAUCUUCGUGAAGACCCUGACUGGCAAGACCAUCACCCUUGAGGUAGAGCCCAGUGAUACUAUUGAAAACGUGAAGGCCAAGAUCCAGGACAAGGAAGGCAUUCCCCCAGACCAGCAGAGGCUGAUCUUUGCUGGCAAGCAGCUGGAAGACGGGCGCACCCUGUCUGACUACAACAUCCAGAAAGAAUCCACUCUUCACCUGGUGCUGCGCCUGAGGGGAGGAAUGCAGAUCUUCGUGAAGACCCUGACUGGCAAGACCAUCACCCUUGAGGUGGAACCCAGUGACACCAUCGAGAAUGUGAAAGCCAAGAUCCAGGACAAGGAAGGCAUUCCCCCAGAUCAGCAGAGGCUGAUCUUUGCUGGGAAGCAGCUGGAAGACGGGCGCACCCUGUCUGACUACAACAUUCAGAAGGAAUCCACCCUGCACCUGGUGCUGCGCCUCAGGGGUGGGAUGCAGAUCUUUGUCAAGACCCUGACUGGCAAGACCAUCACCCUGGAAGUUGAGCCCAGUGACACCAUCGAGAAUGUGAAAGCCAAAAUCCAGGAUAAGGAAGGCAUUCCCCCAGACCAGCAGAGGCUGAUUUUCGCUGGCAAGCAGCUGGAAGAUGGGCGCACCCUGUCUGACUACAACAUCCAGAAAGAAUCCACUCUUCACCUGGUGCUGCGCCUCAGGGGUGGGAUGCAGAUCUUCGUGAAGACCCUGACUGGCAAGACCAUCACCCUGGAAGUUGAGCCCAGUGACACUAUUGAAAAUGUGAAGGCCAAGAUCCAGGACAAGGAAGGCAUUCCCCCAGACCAGCAGAGGCUGAUCUUUGCUGGCAAGCAGCUGGAAGAUGGGCGCACCCUGUCUGAUUACAACAUCCAGAAGGAAUCCACCCUGCACCUGGUGCUGCGCCUCAGGGGAGGAAUGCAGAUCUUUGUCAAGACCCUGACUGGCAAGACCAUCACUCUUGAGGUGGAACCCAGUGACACCAUCGAGAAUGUGAAGGCCAAGAUCCAGGACAAGGAAGGCAUUCCCCCAGAUCAGCAGAGGCUGAUUUUCGCUGGGAAGCAGCUGGAAGACGGGCGCACCCUGUCUGACUACAACAUCCAGAAGGAAUCCACUCUUCACCUGGUGCUGCGCCUCAGGGGUGGCUGUUAAGUUCUCGUGCAUCUUGCUUGACACCAGGAUUGCCAGUGGCACUUGUGUUUGCACUGUAGUUCUUCAAUGUCUUAAGUUAAUGCAAGGUUAAUGCAAGCUUGAAUAACUGCUGAACAACUGUCUGUUGAAAUGCUAAUAAAGUUUUCUGUUGCACAUUA